AAGGACAAGAAGACCUAAUUGAUACCUGAAUAGACUGUUGUCUGAGUGUCAGGGUGUCAUCAUGGGCAUUAAAGGCUUCCUCUUGGGCUUUGUGACCGUGACCCUGCUCCUCGAGAUGUCCACUGGUGGCCUGGUCAAAAAGGUCAUCCGCCACCGAAGAGAUGCUCUGAGUCCGAAGCAAACCCAGGAGAACAUCACCCUGCCCCACUCCGACCAGCCGGUGGUGUUCAACCACGUCUACAACAUCAACGUCCCCUCCACGUCCCUCUGCUCCGUGGAACUCGAUGCCCCUGGUGAUACCGAUCUCAAACAAAAGAGUGCCCCGAUGGACAUGCAGAACAGCGAGCACAUGGAGCACACCAUGGACGGAGACAAUCAGAUCGUUUUCACCCACCGCAUCAAUAUCCCCAAGCAGGCGUGCGGCUGCGACAACCAGCUGCCCGAUAUCAAGGACAUCCUGAGCAGGCUGGAGAUGCUGGAGUCCGAGCUGUCGAGUCUGAGGGAGCAGUGCAGCGGAGGGACGGGCUGCUGUGGAGCUCAGGUUACAGGUGAAGUGUCCACAAAGCCCUUCUGUAAUGGCCAUGGUAACUGGAGCACUGAGACCUGUAGCUGCAUAUGUGAGCCUGGAUGGAAGGGCCCCAACUGCACCGAGCCUGAGUGCCCCAACGACUGCCAGGACCAGGGCCGCUGUGUGGACGGCAAAUGCGAGUGCUUUGAGGGCUUUGGUGGGGACGACUGCAGCAGUGAGCUUUGCAUGCUGGACUGUGGUGACUAUGGCCACUGUGUGGAGGGCUUCUGCCUCUGUGAGGACGGCUUCAUCGGGGAGGACUGUGCCCAGACCAGCUGCCUCAACAACUGCCUCGGCCGCGGGCGGUGCGUAGAGGACGAGUGUGUCUGCGACGAGCCGUGGACGGGCUUCGACUGCUCCGAACUCAUCUGUCCAAACGACUGCUACGACCGCGGACGCUGUGUCAACGGCACCUGCUUUUGUGAAGAGGGCUACACCGGAGAAGACUGCGGGGAGCUUACCUGUCCUGGCAACUGUAACAACCGUGGCAUGUGUGUGAACGGCCAGUGUGUGUGCCAGACCGGCUACAUUGGAGAGGAUUGCUCCAAGCUCACCUGUCCCAAGAACUGCAACGAAAGAGGCCAUUGCUUCAACGGGAAAUGCAUCUGUGAUCCAGGAUAUGAGGGUGAAGAUUGCUCCAUCCUCUCCUGCCCCGACAACUGUAGCAACAGGGGCCAGUGCGUUAACGGAGAAUGUGUGUGUGACGUAGGCUUCCAAGGCGAAGACUGUAGCGAGCUCUCCUGCGCUAACAAUUGCCAAGACCGUGGUCGUUGCGUUAACGGAAAGUGCAGUUGUAACAAAGGCUACGGCGGGGAGGAUUGCAGCACCAAGACCUGUCCAAAAGACUGCAUGGGACGUGGUGAGUGCGUGGACGGCAAGUGUGUGUGCUUCGUCGGCUUCUCUGGGAAAUCCUGCGGCGAGCUGACCUGCCCCAAUGACUGCCUGGACCAAGGUCGUUGUGUCAACGGACAGUGCGUCUGUCAUAAGGGCUUCACUGGCGAGGACUGCAGCGAGAAGACCUGUCCCAAGAACUGUCUUGAGAGAGGUUACUGCGUCGAUGGCGAGUGUGUGUGUUACGAAGGUUUCACCGGGUCGGACUGCUCCAUGCUGACCUGCCCAGAAAACUGCCAGAACCAGGGACGCUGUGAUAACGGAGUUUGCGUUUGCGACGAGGGCUUCCUUGGAGAGGACUGCUCUGAGGUCUCCCCACCAAAGGAGCUGACAGUGGAGGAGGUCAGCCCAGAGACAGUGGACUUGUCCUGGAAGAAUGAGAUGCGUGUCGCAGAGUAUCUGAUCACAUAUGUACCGACGGCCGUUGGAGGUCUGGAGCUAGACAUGCGGGUGCCUGGGGACCAGAUAAUGACCACCAUUAAGGAGCUUGAGCCUGGUGUAGAGUACCUGAUCAGUGUCUAUGCUGUGCUCAAUAACAAGAAGAGUCUUCCAGUCAGCGCUCGGUUGGCUACACAUCUGCCUGAGCCUGAGGGACUGAAGUUCAAAUCAGUGAGGGAGACGUCAGUGGAAGUGGAGUGGGAUUCAUUGGACAUUCCAUUCGAUGGCUGGAACAUCAUCUUCAGAAACACGAAAGAGGAAGAUGGUGAGAUUCUUAACUCCCUCGGCCGUCCUGAGACCACCUUUGAGCAGUCGGGCCUGGGCCCCGGCCAGGAGUACGAGGUCAAGCUGGAGGUGGUAAAGAACAACAAGCGUGGACCGCCUGCCUCCCAGAACGUGGUCACAACAUCCAAGCAGUCCAUCAGGGUGAGCUGA